CCUCGCUUUUUCUCUCUCUCUCUCCGUGCGUCGUUUCUGGCAGCCAGAGAGAGUGAGGAGGGAGUGGAGAGACGCGUUGGCAACUCCUGCGUUUUCACCGACAUUCUUCAAUGAAUCAGCAACAGAGAAAGCUGCAGAUUGAAAGACCUUCAUCGUGGUGAAAAACCAUCAGAGACAGCUUUUUAACUCGCCGUAAAUGCAAAAUAAGAGAGGUAAAGUGAGAAAGGUUUCAUGAGAUGACAUUUUGUCCCUGGCUUAUUCAAAAGAGCCGUCAUCAGACCCUGAAGAGAAAAGGCAGUGAAGGAAGUAACUUUUGUAGCUCCAUAAAUGGCCUCAGUACCCUGCAGGUGUCUUUGAGUGUGACAAAAAUCAAUUCAACAUGAGCAAUCCAACUAGUAUCCAAGGCCUGAGGGUCAGUGUUGACAGAGGAGAAAAGAUUGGAAAUAAAACCCAGAUCCAGUUCACUCAGUCUGGAGAUGACAACGCCAAUCAGUUAUCCUCAAUCAGUGAUCAAGAAAGAAGAGGUUUGUAUGAGGACACAGGAUACGGCACAAGCUCUAUUCCUCCCUUGGUCUCUCAGAGCGACUCCCCAGAAAAGUUAGAGUUUUGGGGAUCAGAGCAGCAAUGCGUGGAGUCUGAGCUCCGAGACUAUGAGCUUUUGGCACGUCAGGAGAUACAUACUUACCUGGGAAGCAGGAAUCAGGAGGAGAAUGAGGAGGAAGAUGAUUGUGGAAGCAUGAAAGAUGGAAAAGAUGAAGGUGCCAUGUCAAUAUCAUCGAGUUCAACAGCCAGCUCUGCUUCUACCGGCAUGAGGAGAAAUGACAAUGACAGCAACAGAGUGGAGAGUAAAAUUCAGAGAGGCAAAGAGGUUCAGAAAAGGAUCGCCUGUCAUAGCACUGAGGAGCUAGACACAUGUGUGACAGCAGAGAAACAGGACACCAGGUCAGGCAGAGAAAGAUGGAAGGGAGGUCUGAAGGAGUCUAAGUCUGAGACGAAUGUGUUCGUCUCCAGCCUGUCAGCUGUUUCCCUCAGUGGAAGCCUGUCUAGUGCUCUGGAUGGUGAUGGAGAAACUUCUCUCACCUCUCUGUCGAAGACCAACCCUUAUCACAAUGCCCAAAACACUACCUCAGCCCAGAACAGAAGAAGGACAGUGCCUGUAGAUGCCAAUCAGAACUCCCCACCGAUGCAUCCUCAGGAGACCCUUAACCCAGCAUUCUCAUACCAGGAUCAGAGAAAAGAUGAGAGAAGUCAUAGAAAUGGCUUGUCCUCUGAUGGAGGGCUGGGCCAAAGGAGAAAGGCUGGAUUUGAGGAGAGGGUGCUGCCACCGCGUCGCCAACAGCUUGUGAGACCCCUCUGUCAGACGGAGAUGGGAAGAGCGAGGAGUGCAGACUCCAACACUCAGCAAACUGAGACAGGGCAACCGUCUCCUCUUAACCUCUCUGCAGAUCCACACAGUAAUGGGUCAAACAGAAAGUUUACAAAAACAUCUUUACGUGAACCAUCGGAUUUCUCCCACCUGUACAACACAUCUGGAGUCUCCCAGCUGAGGCAACCCAGCCAGACAUCCCAAAGGGAGACUCCACCAGCGGAAAAACAGCCAGCUACAAGUGCACGCCACAGUUCCAAUCCCUCAAACCCUUCCACCUUAGAGAAGAGACCCCAGACUCAGCUUACAUACAGAAGGAAUUGCUCUAGUCCCAACAGAACUGGGGUUGAAUCCAGGUCAUCAACUCCUCCACACUCCCCUCUCAGGACACCCCAGGGCUCACCAUGCAGGCAACCCUCCAUGUACCUCGUUUCUAGGAAUGUCUCUGGAGUGGUUCGACACAUCCCUGCUGUAUCAACAUCAGCUCAGGGCUAUGGCAACAGUUGCUUGAGAGCACCAGUCAAAACUAAUAUAAGCACAAGUGGAAUCCCCAAAGCGCCUCUUAACAACCAGCAAAGCUCCCCCAGCUCUAACAACAACAACAACUCCCCCAAAGACAGCUCGCCAUCACCUAAACUGAAACCUAAAGGAGUUCGCCCCAAAAUCAUUACCUACGUCCGAAAGAAUCCUCAGUUUAAGCCUCAGGCUUCUGAUGGACCGUAUCAGGUAUCCUCUCUACCAUCCAGGCUGUCAGCAUGCACCCACAGCCAAUCACCCACAUCUUUUAAAGACACACCUAAAGAGCCCCCAAGGCCUGAUCCAGAAAACCGAGGAGCCCCAGUUCUUUGUGCCUCCAAUCUGCUUUAUGAUAAGUACCGCCAGGAGAUGCAGACAAACAUUUUUCCAUCAGGAAUACUGAAUAGGAGUAUAAGGGCUCCUGGACACACAAACACUGUUCCACCCGUACACGCCCAUAGCCACACAGCACCUCCAAAACUGGGCAGCAAGGCAGACAUCUUCUAUGGGACACCAUCAGAGGUUGGAAGAUCCGUCAGCUUGAAAGGCUGCUCCGCUGAGGACGCUCUGCAGAGCAGGACGGCUGCUCAGGCGGGAGGGAGUGGCAGUCUUCUGCGGUCUGGCAGAGGUCUGCGUCUGGGACUGGGAGCUGUCACCAGAACGGCUACGAUCUCGGCCAAGGGCAGAGGACCUAGUCAAGGUCAGAGGUCAACACAAGUCUUCAGCCAGCCCGUCCAACCUGUCACCCCAGCAACUAAUCAGGAAGACCCAGAUAACACAGAUGACCAGACUGCCACCCCACCUGCUACUACGACAGCAGCAGCCCAGCCCCAGGCUGCAGCGGCCUCCAGGUCUCUGCUCCCCAAAGCAAGUCAGUCGGGUCUUCGCCCCCCAGGCUUCAGCUCCAGCCGCCUCCCUGCCAGCCGCCUGGCAGCGUUUGGCUUCGUCCGGAGCUCCAGCGUGUCCUCUGUCUCCUCAGCCCAUUCUGCUGACAGCACACAGAGUGACCCCUGCAGAACAGCUCACCGUCUGAGUGUGAGUGAGGAGCCUCCUCUUCAUAGAGUGACAACUGGCACUGCAUCAACAGAUCACCAGAGAGGGGCACCAUGUCGCAGCAACAGCCUCCAGCCCCCCUCCACUCCGGCACUGCCCCGACGCUACCUUCCACCCCAGUCAAGAAGCUCCCCUGGAGUGAGCAGGAAGGAGUUUCAGCGGAGUUCAGAAGUCACACGUUCCCUCCCGUCCUCCCCAAAAAGGCUGGCUGUGGUUCCUCCCAAACCUCAGUCUCCAGCAGCAGUCCGGGGCUCAGCUCCCUCUGGGUCCCCUCGCCGCGUGGCCCCCCUGAGGCUACAGCAAGAACAGCAGGAGAACCUGCAGAGAGAGAAAGAGGAGGCUCAACAGAAAGAGAAACAGAGGCAAGCGGAUGAGAGAGAAAAAGAAAAGCAAAGAGAAGAGGUUCAGAGGCUGCAGGGACGCUGCGAACAGCAGGAGAGACAGCUGAAAGCUCUUAGAGAUGAACUGAGGAAGACUUCGCUGGGUCUAGAAGCUUUCAUAGUCACCACUCAGCAUUAUUGCCUCAAGAAUGAAACCACAGAAGAAAAUCAAAGGAAGUUGUCUUUGGAAAUGCAAAAGAUCAGAGAGGAAAUGGCCUCAAACUCAGUGCGCUGGGAGAGACUCCAGAGAGAGAAGGCAGCGCUGGAGGUGGCGUUUGAGCGAGAGCUGCAGGAGCUGCAACUGCAACAGGAGGCAGAGCUGGCUGCUGUGGAAGAAGGACUCAGGAAGUGUCACUCAGCAGAGGCAGAGCACCUGAAGGCGGAGCAUCGGUCAGAGAUGGAGGAGUGUAGGACUCAACAGCAGGAGCAGAUCGAAGAGAUGACAGUCAGCCAUCAGGCAGCCAUUCAGGAACUCAGAGACAUGCACAACAUCACCAUGGCAACACUCCAUGAAGAGCACGCCCGUACUAUGAGAGACUUAAGGAAAGCUCACGAGCAACAGAAGAUCCUUCUAGAGGAGGACUUUGAGAAGCUUAGACUUUCUCUACAGGAUCAAGUGGAUACUCUCACCUUUCAAAACCAGAGUCUGAGGGAGAAGGCCAAACGCUUUGAGGAGGCUUUGAGGAGGAGCACAGAUGAACAGAUAGUGGAUGCUUUAGCGCCAUAUCAACACAUCGAGCAAGACCUCAAGAGUUUGAAGGAGGUCGUGGAAAUGAAGAACCAGCAGAUACACCAGCAGGAGAAGAAGAUCUCUGACCUGGAGAAAGUGCAGGCCCAAAAGAACGUGUUCCUCGAGGAAAAAGUGCAGGUUCUGCAACAGCAGAAUGAAGAUCUUAAAGCUCGCAUUGAAAAGAACCUAGCCCUGUCCAGACAACUGUCUGAGGAGAACGCAAACCUCCACGAGUCAGUCGAGAAGGAGAGCACUGAGAAGAAGCGCCUGAGUCGGAACAACGAGGAGUUGCUGUGGCGUCUCCAGACCAGCCCUCUCGUGUCUCCAGCGUCCUCCCCACUCCACCGCUCCUUCUCUACCUCACCACUUCCCUCAUCCCCAUUAUUUUCCUCUUCACCUGUAGCAGGGUGUGACUCCCCCACUCACUGCCAUGGCUGUCCUCAGCAGGCCCAGUACUCCUCUCCCUCCCACAGAGCUGCUGCUAUCAAUCAGAAUCUCUCACCAGGACCAGCCACACCCACACACAGGGCAGUAACUAAUCAGAAUUACUCCCCCACCCAUGUCACACCCACGCACAGGGCACCACGCAGUCGCUGUAAUUCAAAUACUUCUCUCAGCUCUUUGCAGAGAUAAGUUCUUUCCCUUCUAAAUUUUCUCUUCUGACUAAUUUGCCCUUUAUUUUAUUUUCUCUUUCCCAACCUUCAGUUUGUUUUUUUGCAAGCCUGUGGUUUCCAUUCAUCACAGCAUAAACUGGACAGACUGUACACUCAGUGCUAAAGCAAUGAGGUUACACAGUCCUGUACUUUUAUCAGGCUCUACAGCUGUUGGUGUCCAUCAUAUGAAAGUAUCAUGAUACACAGAAACACAAUGUGGAUACAUACUGUGAUAAUGACAGCAAGCUCUGUUCCUUUUUCCCAGCCCACACUUUUACUGAAAUAGUCUUGACCUGUAGGCCGUAGAUAAUGUAUGAUAAUGGCACAAACAGUGCUGUAAACUUCCCCUGCAUGGGUAGUUGUGAGUCCUGCACAGUACAUAGUACAACAGUGCACAUUUACAGAUGGAAAGUAGCACACUGCUGGCACCACAGCGCAUACUCUGGUGUGGUAAGAACACAAAUAUAUCAACUAUGUAAAAUAAGCUAUAAUUUCUAAUUGGGAUUAGUUUCCCAUACUUUCAUGAAUGCAUUAAUUAAUUUUUCUCCUCUUUUUGGAUUGUAUCUCUAAAAAAAUCCCUAACAAAGCGCCUUAAACUGGGUCCUGCAACCUCACCAGCAGAGAACGACCAAUGUUUUAUUUAUAAAGGACUUUGGAUAAAGAAUUGGUUUGUAUAUUAAAAAAAACACCUAAAAACAAGUCAUGUUUCUUACCUUCCUCAAACUGUAUUUAAAAUUUUGUAAUUACUUAAUUUUAGCUGACAGAUUUACUUGUGUGGAACAGCCCUCCUUGGAACCCCAGCCAUUUUUAUCAGCAAAACACAAAGAACUUAUGUCUUUUAAAACCUUGCCAGGUCUUCCUACACAUGAGCUACUCUUCACUUCUGGGAUCCCUCAGGUCAACUUGCAAAAACUAUGUCUGCCAUUCUGGAUUUACCUCAGUGGGAAUGUGCCGUCUGUUGUGUCUCUAGCUCAACGGCAACGUCAACAAAAAUCACACAGCUACCGCGGAGCUCAAAGCUAAGGGGGGAAAACCUAGCACAGGAAUCACUGUUUUAAAUGUUGUGGAUUUCUUUAUAAAGCAACGUUUCUAUCUAAUUUAUUACAUGUGUUUUGCUACUUAGCAAGCAUGUACUGUGAAAGUCUUCCAGUUUUAACAUGAAACUUAUUAUUGCUGUGAUUUGUCUAUUUAUUAAGCUCGAGGUGUGAAGAAGAUAAAUGGCGUUAGUUACUUAUAAAAUAUCACCUACGGGUCACAAGUCGAACGUGAUGUACCUGAGGAAAAAGCGGCUAUACUGCAUAUUAUGUGACUGGUUGUCUUCACACAUGCAGUUUUUUGCAAAAGUUUUGCACCUCUGAGGAGACUGCAAAGUUUUUGAAGUGAAACCGUUUUGUUCAGACCCUAAUGCCCAGAUUCUUGUUUCAUUAACUUAAGAAAAAUUGCAACAUGCACAAAAUCUAUCUUACUAUUUAAUAGCUAGCUUACUUUUAAAGCAUCAGAACUUUGUUAACAUAACAGACCUUGAAGAUUUUUAUAAGACAACAUGCUGUAAAGAAUGUAAUUUGCCCACUGAUGCACAAACUUCUGCAGAAAACUGUACGUUGAUGGUGUCGUAUGGUAAAAUAUAGUAUCUAUAAGCUAUGUAAAUUUUCAAAAACGAACCCUCUGUUUACCUCUUCGUGGUGUAGUACAGUAACGUAGUCCUUUCUCGGUCUGUUAACUUCUUCAGAUAUUCUUCUGGUUUGUUUAUCUGAACAACACUUGUUAUUCUUUGAUUAUCAUGUUGUAAACAUUUGCGAGCUACGCUGGAUUUCCGGUGUGCGAGAAUAUAUUGUUCAGGGAGUUGUUUUCUAAAAUUAGAUUAGAAAUCCUUUCUUUUUUUUUAUAUAAAUAUAGAGAGAGCUUCUCAACACAGCAUUAUACAUUUCCAAGAUAUUCCCCAAGAUAAUUUUUCAUUUAUAUCAAAUACAACAGAGAAACCAACAACUGAUAUAUACAAAUGAGAAUUAUUUUAUAGCAUACAGUAUGUUAUACCUGCCUCCUGUACUGUACUCUUCAGAUUAACUUCCCCUCAGGGUCUUAAUCUCUCGUCCAGCUUCGAACAAGCCAAGAUCAAAGUUGUGUACAGUAUAAUCUCAGAUUUACUCACAAAUAAACAACAACAACAAAACAAAGCUAAAACAGUUCAGACUAUAUGUUAAAAAGGGGUCACUGUAAAUACAACAGGCCCAGGAGAAAAGAUGAAGUUGGCAGCGCUAAUGGGAGCAUGAGUUAGAUUUAGAAGCUGAUCAAAUAUUGUUAAUAGUUUAAUAGAU